GACUCAGCAACUGACGUCGAGAGAGAAACUUCCGAGCUUGACUCUUCUAUGUUUCUCCUCCAAUCCUUUCCUUCCAUCACCAGUUAUGCUUACACGGUCGACGAUGGUUCCCUGUCCGGAAGCCCUUCUGCGCUUUGUUUUCUCUCUGACUCUGUUGUCCGCUGCGGCAUUCGCAUCCUCACCCUUCCCAAUCUCUAAUGGCACUACGGUCUUCGAUCUCCUCCCCCAAUUCGGGCUGCCGAGUGGACUCUUACCCAGCUCGGUGAGGAACUUCUCUUUCGCCAAUGAUGGAAGGUUCGUCGUCGAGAUGGAGAAACCUUGUUCCAUUCAGUUUGACUACUUGGUUUACUACGAACGGAAGAUCACCGGUACCCUCAAGUACGGUUCGAUCACAAAUCUCAAGGGAAUUAGAGUCAAGCGUUUGUUCUUGUGGCUCGACGUUGAGGAGAUCAGGGUGGAUUUGCCGCCGUCUUACUAUAUAUAUUUUCAGGUCGGCCUCAUCAAUAAGAAGCUUGACGCCGGCCAGUUUCGGACUGUGCAUCCUUGCCAGAAUGGGGUUUCAUGUGAAGGAUCCUGGAAAGAUCUUCUCAAGGUGCCAACUCCUUUUAACGAAGUUACAAUGCUACUCACGGAGUAGAGAGGAACUAAAUCAUAUUCCCAUCAAGAGCAGUAGGUAUAAAUUAUCCAAUCACUAGCAUUAUCAUGCUAGCUUCAGAGGAUUGCCAACCAGAAACCAGUUUAAAAGUAUAAUAUGUAUAUAGGCCUUCAGUUGACAUGGUUUCAGUGAUCAGUAUUCAAGUCUAUGUGCUGAAAUCACUCCCACCAUGACUGUUAAGGGGACUGCUUAAAAUGCAAUCAAAAGUUCAAAAAAGGUUAAGAUAAAUGCCCUUAAAGGGUACAUCUUAUUUUACCAAGUACCAGAGUUUCCUCUAAUGGUGUUUCAGUCACUUAUACGAGUCUCAUCUCCAGGCCAAGUUUUAGUUUCCAACCCCUUUCUGUAAUUUGUUUAAAGA